CCGCUCACUACAUCCACUCGCGGUAAACGUGCCUUGCGGUUGCCAGGAGAGACACGCGCACAGUUGGGUACAGUGUACAGCUGGAACGCCAGAGCGGUAAGGGCUCUCCCCCGCCAUUUCAUCUUGUCAAGCCCUGGAAUGUCGAGUAGCGGCUCGGGCUCUUCCACGCGGAAGGAGUUCGAUGUGAAGCAGAUCCUCAGGAUCCGAUGGAGGUGGUUCGGUCACCCCGCUGUCCCUCCGCCUCAAUCUCCGCCGCUUGGAGACUACUUCGCUGGGAGGAGAGCGGGCGGUAUCUCCACAGACGGACCUUCAGUAAGCGGCUGUAGCACCUCGAAUUCAGCCAGCGCAAACCCCAGCGUCGGGGGUCACAGCGGGCUGGUCGCAAGCGGCAGCGCUGGUUCUAACCUGUGUAACGGCAGCAACAGAAAGUUUGCUGAUCCGACGGGGAGUCGGGGUGGUGGAGCGGCAGUUGGAGCAACGGGGAGCUCCUGUCCCCGCUCCUUUAGCCAGCCAGAGUGCAGAAGCCCCGCUGCGGCGUUGUCGUGGGUCUCGCCGCCGCUUCAUCGUCGCUCCCAUCCGGCGACGGGCAUGGAUGCCCCUGGCGAUGCCCCUUUGCCCCACCUGGAACCCGAGCCAUCUGCUCACGUCGGGGUUGAAGAGGAGGCGGUGGCACCUUCAGCGUCGGGCACCGAGGACAACAACAACCAGCCGGAAACCGACUCCAGCUCCUGCAGGACGUCUAAUAGCAGUGCCACACUGUCCUCAUGUGUGUCGAUGGAGCCAUGUGCAUGUCCAGAGGAGUGUAUGUUCACCGCUCUGUCCCACGCCGACGUCACCUUCCGUAAGAUGGAGGGCUACCUGAGGUCCCGACAGCUGUGUGAUGUCAUACUGGUGGCUGGAGACAGGCGGAUACCUGCACACAGAAUUGUCCUCUCAUCCGUGUCGGACUACUUUGCGGCCAUGUUCACCAGUGAUGUGAGGGAGGCCAAGCAGGAUGAGGUGAAGAUGGAAGGAGUGGACCCUGAUGCGUUGUGGGUACUUGUGCAGUAUGCAUACACAGGUCGUCUUGAGUUGAGGGAGGACACCAUUGAGUCUGUGCUGUCUGCCUCCUGCCUACUGCAGUUGUCUUCGGUGGUUCAGGCCUGCUGUUCGUUCCUCAUGAAGCAGUUGCACCCUUCCAACUGUCUGGGUAUCCGCUCCUAUGCCGACGCUCAGGGCUGCAAUGACCUGCAGAGGGCCGCUCAUGCCUACACCAUGGAACACUUUUUAGAAGUGAUGGGAUGCCAGGAGUUCCUGUUGCUACCUGUGGAGGAGAUGGAGAGGCUGAUCACGUCUGAUGACGUCAACGUGCCAGAUGAGGAGACCGUGGUAACGUCUUUGCUAACAUGGGUCCUUCAUGACACAGACAUGCGACAACAUCACCUACCCUCGCUGCUGGCUCACAUACGACUGCCACUGCUGCAGACACAGUUCUUGGCAGACUUGGAGUCCAACCCUCUGCUCCGGAACAGUAUGGAGUGCCAGCGACUGUUGAUGGAAGGGAUGAAGUAUCAACUCUUGCCUCAGCGUCAGCCCCAACUUCAGAGUCCCCGCACCCGGCCCCGCAAGGCAACUGUUGGGGCCAUGUUCGCCGUUGGGGGCAUGGACGCUACAAAAGGCGCUACCAGUAUCGAGCAGUACUGUCUGCGUCGGGACACGUGGAGGCAGGUAGCCACCAUGAGUGGACGGAGACUACAGUUUGGUGUAGCCGUCCUUGAUGGCCGUCUCUAUGUCGUGGGCGGCCGCGAUGGACUCAAGACUCUAAACACUGUGGAGUGUUACAACCCGCACAGCAAGUCCUGGAGUGUUAUGCCUCCCAUGUCCACCCACAGGCAUGGCUUGGGCGUAGCUGUCCUAGAGGGGCCCAUGUAUGCAGUAGGAGGACAUGAUGGCUGGAGCUACCUCAGCACAGUAGAAAGGUGGGACCCCCAAGCUCGCCAGUGGAGCUUUGUUGCAAGUAUGGCUACACCAAGAAGCACAGCGGGGGUAGCUGUUCUCAAUGGCAAGCUGUAUGCAGUAGGUGGACGUGACGGCUCAUCUUGCCUGCGUUCAGUGGAGUGUUUCGACCCCCACACCAACAGGUGGAAUGGUUGUGCUCCUAUGGCUAAAAGGCGUGGAGGUGUGGGUGUGGCCACAUGGCAUGGCUUCCUGUACGCCAUCGGAGGUCAUGAUGCUCCGGCCUCGUCCCUUGCAUCUCGGCUAAGUGAUUGUGUGGAAAGGUAUGACCCUCAAACAGAUGUGUGGACGGCCGUUGCCCCCAUGAGCAUCAGCAGAGAUGCCGUUGGUGUUUGUCUCCUUGGUGACCGCCUCUACGCUGUGGGCGGUUAUAACGGGCAGGUGUAUCUUAAUGCUGUAGAGGCCUACGACCCUCAGACAAACGAGUGGACACAGGUAGCACCUCUGUGUCUGGGCAGGGCAGGAGCAUGUGUAGUGGCCGUCAGACUGUGAAAACUCUGUGAAAAGACUGUGAAAACACAACAUCAGACAUGGCAGACGGUGCAUGAUGUGGCUCAGAUGCUUUGUGUUACUUCUGACAUGGUCACUGAAGGUACACCAAGAAACAGCCUGUGUUCUGUGACCAACCAUGGGAAGUGAGAGACUGAUUACUAAACACACUUGGGGUUUUACACUUUGGCAAAGUCAGAUUUAACUCUCCUGAACGACUGCCGUUAUUCAUCUUAAUGUUCUUAAUGGUUUGGUUAGGGUUGUCAUGUGUCCGGUUUAUGAUAAAGUUUCCAUAUAUGAACAUUCUGAAAGCUUCACCAACAGUAGUGAAACAACACUGACAUAAUGAAGAGGAAUUUGCAGUGUUUAUCUAUGCAUGAUAGAACACUUUUAUCUCAGCUUUCUUUUCUCAACUAUUAUUUUGUUCCUGUAGACAAGGUAGGACAGACACGCACACUCACAUGCUUGCUUUCAGCUUCUAUUUCUGCUUUCAGAAAGGAGAGAGAGACAGAGAGAGAGUUUGUUAAGAUUGUUGAGGUGCCUCAUCAUUUUACGCUCUCGAUGCUCAAAACAAUAUCUGAUAGGGCAUAUAUUAAAAUAGCAUCAACGCUAUUAUUUUAUGAUGCAGUUAGCAAUUUGUUCUCCUCUUUUUUUUUUUCUUUCUCGCCCACUGACAGAUGAAAGAAAGACUUUUGACAGCAUAACCUUCUGAACAGCCAUACUGUAA